CCGCCCCCGCGGUGAAUAUUGAUGCGGCGCGCGUCGGCGUCGCCCUCCUCCCAUUGAGCGAGGCUGUGUCGCGUGGCCCGGCGUCGGCGUGACGGUUGGACGCGGGCGCGGCACUGCGGGUCCCGAUUGCUGCAGCCGCUUGUCAGUGUGAUGAAGAUUGGCACCCAGGUGCUGGGUGUCAGAGUGGGACGUGUCUUGUGGAGGACUCAGCUCAUCUCCAUGUGUACCCUCUGUACCCUGAUGGUGACCAAGUGAUUCCAGCCGAGGCUCCUCUGCUCAGUUUCCGGGAAGGUAUCUUGAGACUCGUCUACAGCCUGAGAUGUCCUGCCUUGUUCCCCUCCCAAGCCAUGGAGCUCUUCUUAGCUGUUUGCUCGGGACCCACGGCUCUGUUCUUCCAGGUGCUCAGCUCCUGGGCCUGUGAAAAGCUCCGGUACCUGGGGACAGCCUCCGAAUGAUGCUGCUGAGAUGUGUCUAGGUCACGUUUGGUCAGCUGUGUGGCCUUGGUCCUGUUAUUCAGAUAUAAAGUGGGCAUCAUACACCGUUUGCUUCUCACUCAAGAUGAUCUGAUGUCUGAAGUGGACUCUCACCAACCAUGAUGGCUACACAGACGCUAAGUAUAGACAGCUAUCAAGAUGGACAGCAAAUGCAGGUGGUCACAGAGUUAAAAACAGAGCAAGAUCCCAACUGCUCUGACCCGGAUGCAGAAGGAGUGAGUCCUCCUCCCAUCGAGUCUCAGACCCCAAUGGAUGCCGACAAGCAAGCCAUUUAUAGGCACCCGCUAUUUCCCUUGCUAGCUUUGUUGUUUGAGAAGUGUGAGCAGUCCACGCAGGGCUCAGAAGGCACGACGUCUGCCAGCUUCGAUGUGGACAUUGAGAACUUUGUCAGGAAGCAAGAAAAGGACGGGAAGCCCUUCUUCUGUGAAGAUCCGGAGACUGACAACCUAAUGGUGAAAGCAAUCCAGGUCCUGCGUAUUCAUCUUCUUGAACUGGAGAAGGUUAAUGAACUCUGUAAAGAUUUCUGUAGUCGGUACAUUGCUUGUCUGAAGACAAAAAUGAACAGCGAGACCCUGUUGAGUGGGGAGCCUGGAAGUCCAUAUUCCCCUGUGCAAUCCCAGCAGAUUCAGAGUGCCAUCACAGGCACUCUCAGCCCCCAGGGAAUCGUGGUGCCAGCAUCAGCCCUGCAACAGGGGAAUGUAACCAUGGCGACAGUGGCAGGUGGCACAGUGUACCAGCCUGUCACCGUUGUCACUCCACAAGGCCAAGUGGUCACGCAGGCGUUAUCUCCUGGGACAAUUAGGAUCCAGAACUCACAGCUUCAGUUGCAGUUGAACCAAGACCUCAGCAUCUUGCAUCAAGAGGAUGGCUCCUCUAAGAACAAGAGGGGUGUCCUGCCGAAGCACGCCACCAACGUGAUGCGGUCCUGGCUCUUCCAGCACAUAGGGCAUCCAUACCCAACAGAGGAUGAGAAAAAACAGAUUGCUGCGCAGACAAACCUGACGCUGCUUCAAGUCAACAACUGGUUCAUCAAUGCCCGAAGACGAAUUCUCCAGCCAAUGUUGGAUUCCAGCUGUUCAGAGACUCCAAAAACCAAGAAAAAACCUGCUCAGAACAGGCCAGUUCAGAGGUUUUGGCCAGAUUCUCUUGCGUCAGGAGUGGCACAAGCAACACCCAGCGAGCUUGCCAUGUCAGAAGGUGCUGUCGUGACCAUCACCACACCUGUAAACAUGAACGUGGACAGCCUUCAGUCCCUGUCCUCAGACGGGGCCACCCUGGCCGUACAGCAGGUCAUGAUGGCGGGGCAGAGUGAGGACGAGUCGGUGGAUAGCACAGAGGAUGAGGGCAGCGCACUGGCGCCCACUCACAUCAGCGGGCUGGUGCUGGAGAACAGCGACUCCCUUCAGUAGGAAGCACCAAUGGGGCCAGCGUGCAGCUGGGACGCCAACGGACUCCUUACUGUUUGCACAGCAAACAUUUCACAGUUCUCUUUGUAACCUGUUUUAUAUGUAGAUAUAGAAGAGUGCACUUUUGUAUUUCACAGCGAGCUUCAAGACGUGUUUGCUGGUGCAGCAGCUUCCCUCAGAUGUGCGUGUGUGGGUUUUUAAUGCUAGAGAUGUGAGGAGUGGCCCCUGCCCCUUGAGUCCCUGAUGAGAUUAAGGAACAGUGCUGCCAUUUUCUAAAAAAUUAUGCAGUUGCAAUUGAGUUGUGUGGUUUACGGCAGGUCUGGGGCGGCGGCUGGUGCCGCCCACAGCUCUGAAAGAUGCCCUGCACUCGCGAGGGCUGCAGAGCGAGGACGCUGGCCCCGGUGGGCUGCGGGUGCCCACCACACACUUCAGUUCUCAGGCAGCAUUUGCCUGCUUCGUUUGCUAAUAUAGAGAAAGAAGCUCCUAUUUUUACCUUGCUGGGAUUAUUGGAUAAAAAGCUAUUUUUAUAAAUCAGUUAUUAAUUGGAUUAUGACUAUAUCGAGGAUAAAUUUCUAGAGAAACAACAGCACACGCUUGUCUUUCGAUUCGGAAUGUUCUGAAAGGCAGCCACCAUGCGUGGUGUCCUGCGCCCUGGCAGGGAGGGGGCUCAUCUCAGCUGCUAAAAGGAAACAACUGUCAAGUGAGCUUUUGACAUCUCCAGUUUCUGUUUGUAUGGGAUGCGCAGAUUGCGCUUUUACACUCGUUAGAGCACCUUACAGAGUGUGCUCUGUAGGACGGACGGUAAGUGAGGGCUCUGCCAUGCCUAGCUGGCUGCAGUUCCAUGGCUGCCUGGCUGUUAACUGGGUGGUGAUUUUAGAUUUUUUUUUUUUAGUUAAAACCUGUUAUCCAUAGAAUGUUUAUUAUAAACUAAUAUAAAGUGUGCUCUGCCCCACUGGCUCAGAGCUGGGGUAAACAGCAGACACCUGAACUGUUUUUCUUACUGGCAGACACCCGGAAGUGAGAACCGUGGAGGUCACAUGACGGUGGGCCCACUGAUGGCUCUCACUGUCACUCAACCUCCAGGGUCCUCCCCUCCGUUACCACUCCAGACUCAGGACAGUUUGGGGACUUCAUUUCCGAGAGUCAAGACAGAGCAGACUGUAGGCUGAGGUCUGGAGAUCUGGACGGCUUGGCCUGCGUUUGCUUGGGAAGCUCUAUCUUAGGGAACAAGCAUGCUGCUUCGAGCAUCUGUCUUCACCGUGGUCCUAGGCCCACCUGCUGAUAGGGACCAGCCAUGCUGUUGUCCAGGGGGCCGUGCCUUGGGCCCCAAGGGUGGUAACUGCUUAUGGACCAAGGUUACCUUAGGGGGACCUCUCUAGCUAAUUCACACUUUUUUUCUGGAAUGGUUCACCAUCCCUCCUCCCCCUAAAUGUCUUGAUUCUCUUCAGCCAUUGAGCACGCCUGGACAGCCAAGUAGUCAGCAAGAAAAAAAUGGGGGCUCCUUUUGAACCACUUCCGGCGCCUCCACUACAAAACCCAAGACAGCAAAAUAAACAAAACCCCAAAACUCACCAGCAGCUCCUUUGAGGAGAGAAUACUAUUCUAAGCAGCCUUUCCAUUACCUAGCCACAAGCUGCUUUAGUAGCUUAAGUCAGGCAGACAAAAGCCUGCGCCAUCAGCUGGCUAUAUUGGGUUUAGAGCAGAGAUACAUCACCCCGGUGAGCCCGGCAGAGGUCUGCUGCCCCCCCAACAAAGGAAGCAUGGCCUCUGCUGUGCUGGCUGGUGGCUGCUCUAACUGGGAUUCGAACCCCAUGAUCCAUCGUGUCCUUUCCAGUUGAAAUCCGCUUUCCUAAGCACUGAACUCUCACCUGCUAAAUCAGAGGAAUAUCAUGAAGAUCAUAAGAGAACCUGGGCAUGGUGACACACUCCUGUAAUCCCAACACUCAGGAACCUGAGACAGGAGGCAAGCCUGGGCUACUUAACUUGACCCUGUCUAAAAAAAAGAGAUUGUAAAAGAGCUGGCACAGGGUCAUGUCCUUCCACCUCUCUGUGCACAGAGAUGCUUUUAAGUGAUUCCUGAGAGGCGAGCCAUGCUGGCUCAUAGAGUUCCUGCCCAGCAGAUGUGGUGUCUGCCAGUUGCACCUUCGAGACACUGGCUUGCUGAGCGUCGUGGCAUGUGCCUGUAUACAAGCACUUAGGAGGCUGAAGCAGGAGGAUUGCUGCAAGGUCCAGUUGGCCUCUGGUGUGUAGUGAAACCUGGUCUCAAAAUAAAAAAAAAAAAACCACGAGCAAAUCUCCUGCUCGCCUGUCGUUGGCCAGUGGAGAAACCCUGAACGUCCGUCUCCUUUGAGCUUUGUUUAAAUGGUCGGAUUCUAGCAUUUGCUCCUGUUAAAGUCCUCCCACACAUUGGAGCCUUUUGAAUGUGUUCUGAGACCUCCAGUCAACCCGUGUCAUUCCUGCUGUUUGGCUGCCUAGCAGAAAUCUAAACUGGCUGACCCACCCAUCCAGUGGGUUCAAGUUUUCUGCUUUCUUGAGUCCAGAUUGUCAAAUAGAUGCAAUAUGCACCGUGACCCUUCCGUCUAGGGCUGACGGGCCACUGUGUAGCCUGCUGGGUGGCCAGUGCACCCGUGGAGGGCAGGGGGAGACUUGCUCCUCCCCCGUGGCUGGCAGGGAAACGCCCACCCUGAAGGCCCCUCCUGGAGAUGGUGACUGGAAACAGCAGGCUGCCUUCUUCAGUUAAGUUCUGUCUUUGAAACUGACAAUCUUUAAAAUGUGAAUACUGUAACAAUAUGUUUUCUUGGAUUGUUGUCUUUAAAAGGAUUUUUGUGAAGCAAUUGAUUUAUCAAAGAAAAAGAAAAUUAAAACCAGAAACACGC